AUGAUAGCCCAUGAAUGUAAGGAUGAGAUGAUCAAGAUUUUUAGCGCCAUCGGACCUUCUUGCACAGAAGUCUUUCAGCAGAGAUUAGCUACCUUUCAGCUCACUGGAGAUGCUCAUACUUGGUGGACUUCAGCUUCACGUGGCUUGGAUCAUGCCACCAUGACAUGGAAAGACUUCAUUCAGUACGAAAUUGAAUACUCAAGAUUGUCAAUGUUUGUACCUCACCUGGUAGAUACAGAAGAGAAAAAUAGGCGUAGGUUUGUUUAUGGUCUGAAUGCUGUGUAUCAGAGGCAUAUUGUUACAAAUCAUAUGAUUGACACAUAUGUUAGAGCUGUUGAGUGUGCCAGAGAACUUGAGAAAGACCAUUUGGAUCAUAAGAGGGAUGGUGAAUACCUGAAGAAGGAGAGUAAGGUUGACCGUGCAUCAAAGGCUUCGUCGAGUCAAUAUGGAAGUGCUGAGGGCGAUGCUACUGCCGCCAAACCAAUUAACUCCAAAGGGUAUUGUUAUAACUGUCGUGAAAAGGAGCACAAUGCAUCCGAAUGUACCAAAGAGAAGCCUCGUGGUCAGGGUCAACUCUUUGCCGUGCAACCUCGUGAAACAGAGAAUGCUACUUUGGGAUGUACUUUCUUCAUUUUAAUUGAACCUGUAAGUAUUUUAUUUGAUACCGGAUCUACUUAUUCUUUCAUUUCUGCUAAGUUAGUUCGCAUGAUAAAUCUUUCUGUGGUAGUAUGGGAUUUUCCUCUAUGUGUUGCUACCCUUACUAGUAGUAUGGUAGGGUUGAGCAAAAGGGUUGAUGCUUGUCCCAUUAUGAUUGGAGAUGUUGAGCAUUCGACAUAUCUUUAUGUGCUAGAGAUGGUUCCUUACGAUACAAUCACUUUUGCAAAGACGUGUCAAUCCAAGGUAGUGGUGAAGACUACAUCUCGAAGCCUAUUUGUAGAAGCUUUCCUUAACCAUAUCGAGGGUGAAGUAGUAGAUAAUGAGUCUCUGCAAAUUGCAAGUAUACCUGUGGUGUCUGAUUUUGCGUAUUUGUUCCGAGAGGUUCCUGGGUUACCUCCAAGUAGGCAAGAAUUGAAGUCUCAGAUUGACCAUCUUUUAAGUCAAGGAUUUAUUCGACGUAGUUCUUCACCAUGGGGUGCUCCUGUUUUAUUUGUGAAAAAGAAAGAUGGUUCUUUACGAUUGUGUGUUGAUUGCCGUGAACUAAACAAGGUCACGAUAAGAAACAAGUAUCCUUUACCCAGGAUUAAUGAUCUAUUUGACCAGUUAAAAAGAGCUAUAUUGUUUUCGAAGAUCGACUUGCGAUCAGGCUAUCAUCAGCUUCUUGUUAGAGAGUAA